UGAGUGAGUGAGUGAGUGAGUGAGUGAGUGAGUGAGCGAGCGAGCGUGGUGACAGUACGUGAAAUUCCACCUCGCUUCGCCCUUCGCAGAGUUAAUGGGAGGUUUCAGCGCGCAUGACGUGAGCCUCUGGCAGGCGAAGGGAAGAGGGAAGGUUCAGGCGCAAAGUCUCCACCGACAGAGAGCGAUCACCUCCCAGUUUUAUCCCCGGGAUUCAUCCUACAGGCAAACUCAAGUCAGUUUGGAGGGGACGUGCAACGGCUCGCUGGCUAUCAACUCGGCUGGGGGGUGUCUUGCGGAGGGGUUUUGUUUUUGGAAGCGAGGAACAUUGCUGUUUAUUCAGCCGCUGCAAUCUCCCGGAAUUGUUCGGCCGGAGUGAAGCGGAGCGCCUUGAUCCCGCUACCCAAUGCAAACUGCGGAGCGAUGUACUGCUGCAGACGGAACGAGGUGAGAGGCUAGGCUGGGAAUGUAGAUAUCCGUUGCUUCUUGCACUAACAUGCAAGAUCGAUUGGAAGAAGUGGGCAGAGGUCCUUGCACCCCCUUGCAAACAGGAGUUAUUGCAGUCUUGACUGUAAAGGCGUGUGUUUCUCUCUUUUUGAAUUUAAGAUAUAAGGUGCCCUGUAACUUCGCUCGCCCCAACGCGGGUGGGAAGGCGGUGAGAUAAAGAUGCUGAGUGCCGUCCUGGUUCUAACUGCGCUAGCCGUGAGCGGCAUCUCCUCCAAGACCCCGCCAGAGAGCCGUAAACCUGCCAAAGACAUUUGCAAGUAUCGGUGUGUGUGCGAGGAGAAGGAGAUGAUGUUGAAUAUUAAUUGCGAGAACAAAGGGUUCACCAGGAUUACCUCCCUGCAGCCGCCUCAGAAUCGCCUUUACCAACUCUUCCUGAACGGGAACUCCCUCAGCAAGCUGCCUCCUAAAGGCUUCAUCAAUUUUACCAACACCGUGACCCUCCACCUCAGCAGCAAUGGACUGCUGGAGAUCCGCAACGGCGCCUUCCAGGGUCUGGCCACGCUGAAGAGGUUGCACCUGAACAACAACAAGCUGGAGGUACUGAGAGAGGACACCUUCCUGGGCUUGGAGAGUUUGGAAUACCUGCAAGCAGAUUAUAACUACAUUAGUGUCAUCGAGUCCGGGACCUUUAGCAAGCUCAACAAACUCAAGGUUCUCAUCUUAAACGACAACUUGAUCCCCAGUCUCCCGAACAACAUUUUCCGCUUCGUGCUGCUGACCCAUCUCGACCUGAGGGGGAACCGGUUGAAGAGGUUGCCCUUCGCUGGAGUUCUGGAGCACAUUGGUGGCAUCGUGGAGAUUCAGUUGGAAGAGAACCCUUGGAACUGUACGUGUGACCUGGUCCCUUUGAAGGCGUGGCUGGAUACAAUCUCCUUCUUCGUGGGCGAGAUGGUGUGCGAGACACCGUUCAGGCUCCACGGCAAGGAUGUCACGCACCUGAACAAGCAGGACCUCUGUCCCCGCAAGGGCGCCGUGGACUCCAGCCUGAGGAUCAUGCGACCGUCUUCCGUCGGCUCCCAUCUGUCUCCUACGACCAACCCGACCAAACCCACCCCGAGAGGGGGUAAGGCUCACCGGCAGCCCAAGGGCCGGGGCCGGGUCACGCCUACCCCUAAUGGACGCCAGAUAUUCGGUCCCAUAAUGGUCUACCAGACCAGAUCUCCGGUGCCAACCGUUUGCCCAUCCAUUUGCUCCUGCAGCCAGCAAAAUUCGGACAAAGCGUUGAACGUUCAUUGUCACGAGAGAAGAAUCAAGAACAUCACGGACCUCCAGCCCAGACCAUCGAACCCAAAGAAACUCUAUCUUACUGGAAACCUGCUGCACUUGGUGCAAGUCAGCGAUUUUGGGGACUACGUGGCCUUGGAGUUGUUGCAUCUGGGCAACAACCGGAUCUCAACCAUCCAAGAGGGCGCCUUCCGUAACCUCAGCAACCUCCGAAAGCUUUACCUCAACGGCAAUCACAUCGAGAGGCUGUCGCCCUCUCUCUUCGUGGGGCUACAGAAGCUGCAGUAUCUCUACCUGGAGUCCAAUGUCAUCAAGGAUAUUCUUCCCUUCACCUUCCACUCCCUGGGCAGGCUAAGCCUGCUCUACCUCAACAAUAACCUUCUGCGGACCUUGCCCCGCGACGUGUUCUCGGGCUCCAACCUAACCAGGCUGAACUUGAGGAAUAACUACUUCCCCCAGCUCCCGGUGAGAGGGGUGUUGGACCAGCUGCCUGCCACGGUGCAGAUCGAUCUCCAGGAGAACCCAUGGGAGUGCGGAUGUCGCAUAUUGGCCUUGAAGACUUGGUUGGAACAGUCUCGGGCCGGGUUGGUGGUCAACGAGGUGACGUGCGAUUCCCCUGCCAAGUUUACGGGCCAGGCGCUGAGAUUCCUGGAGGACGAGGACAUCUGCUCGGACUUGCCUCUUCCCACCACCCCGGUGGCCAAGCUUCCCCAGGGGGAAGAACCUCCCAGUCCCGGGACGGCGCGGGCUAACCCGGUGCCCCUCUCCGUCCUCAUCUUGGGUUUGCUGGUGGUCUUCAUCCUGAGCGUAUGUUUCGGAGCCGGUUUGUUCGUCUUCGUGUUGAAACGGCGCAAAAACGGUGCAAGUGGCCAAAGCGGCGCCCCCAACAACUUGGACCUUAACUCCUACCAGUUGCAGCGUGGACCGUACUCCCCCGAAACGAGGGAAAAGACCGAGGCACACGUGUACAAUUACAUCCCUCACUCCGUUGGGCAAAUGUGCAAGAACCCUAUCUACAUCCAACGAGAAGGAGAAAAGGUCAGCUACUACCGAGACGUACCCGACCAGAAUUCCAGCGGUGCGCAGGCAAAGAAGUCUCGCCCUUUGGGCAGUGCUCCGUACUCAGUCAGCACUGUGGAACUACUGGAACAACAGGCGUCCCGACCCUCCGAGUCCCUGUACCAGAACCUGGGCGAGCGGCGCAAGGUGCUGCCCAGCGGUCUGGGAGCCCAUUACACCUUCUGCACUUUGCCCAAACGCCAACUCGCCAGCUCCUCCCACGCGAGCCGACACCAAGAGCAGGACAAGCUAAACAAAACGGUAUUGUAUGGCACUCCGAGGAAACAACCGGUGAAAAGCGACAACCUAUCUCUCCAAGGGAAGUCCCACAUAGAACCAGAUUACCUCGAAGUUUUGGCCAUGCAGACUGUUACCAGUCAAUUAUAGAACCACGAGAUGUAAAUCUAACCACUAGACAAACACGUACAGGAUGCGUUAUUCUAACGACCUAUUCCCCCGCACCUUCACACGUCUGGUGAACUUCAAAGACCAAUAUUCUUUCUCCAAAAUCCAACUGAAUUACCUGUUUCUGGGGGGAAAAAAAGUACUUUAUUGGACGUGGCUUCUGUACAUGUAUGGAUCUCUUAAUCGCCACACACGCACCCACACACACACACACACACACCGGCACACACACUCACCGAUUCACAUUCACACACACGCACACAUUGUGACACACACCCACAUACCCCCACACACACACACAAUCUGACACUG